CCACACAGCAACCUUGUCUGUGUGGCCGAGCCUACCACAAAUCCUUAUGUCUGCUCGAUCUUGGAGAUGACAUCUGUUGAGAUUCCCACAGACUUCGGUUGAUUGUUCAAAUUUGAGGACCCAAACACUCUCUCGAGAUGGGUCAAGGACAGUCCACCAACAACUCAGAGCCCGAGCCUGAAACGGCAGUCAAGACAGAUUACUAUGAACUGCUAGGCGUCGAGCGAACGGCAACCGAAGAUGAAUUGAAGAAAGCCUACCGUCGUAAAGCCCUCGAACUGCACCCAGAUCGAAACUAUGGCAACGUGGAGAAUGCCACCAAACUGUUCGCCGAGAUCUCAUCUGCCUACGAGGUUUUGUCGGAUCCUCAAGAAAGAGCCUGGUAUGACUCUCACAGAGAUAUCAUUUUGCGAGGAGAUUCGGCCGGUGGCGCAGGGAGUGAUGAGUUCUCCUACAAUACCCGAAUGACCACGUCGGAAGAGGUUGUCCAAUUGAUGAUGAAGUUUAAUGGUCGCCUGGAAUUUACCAAUGCUCCGAGUGGAUUCUUUGGUGGACUAAAUGACUUCUUCAAACAACUAGCCAGAGAGGAGGAGAUCGCGUGCCAGUGGGAAGACCAAGAUGCCCCCGAAUAUCCCGACUUUGGCUUGGACAACGACGACUACAAUGAUGUUGUCCGUCCCUUCUACGCGAUGUGGACCGGUUUCGGAACCAAGAAGAGCUAUAUUUGGAAAGACAAGUAUCGGUUAUCGGAAGCCCCUGACCGACGUAUCAGAAGGUUAAUGGAGAAAGAGAACAAGAAACUUCGCGAGGAUGCGGUUCAAGAAUUCAACGAAGCCGUACGGUCUCUAGUGGCAUUCGUCAGGAAACGAGACCCGCGGGUCCAAAACAACCAGAAGUCUGAAGCCGAGAGGCAGAAGGCGCUCCGCGAGGCCACGGCGGCACAGGCGGCACGAUCUCGAGCAGCUAGACAAGCACAAUUGCAAGACGCGGAUACCACAGUGAUUCCCGAUUGGGCGCAGUCCCAGAGUAAAGACGAGCACGAGGGGGGUUUCUCGAGCGAAUCGGAUCUGGAAGAUCAUGUCUACGACUGUGUGGUUUGUGAUAAGACGUUCAAGAGCGAGGCGCAGUUCCAGGCACACGAAAAGAGCAAGAAGCACACCAAGCAACUGAAACAGUUGCAGAAGGAGAUGCGAAGCGAAGGCCGAGCAUUGAAUCUAGAAGGUCGUCCCACAGGAACCGAGACGCUGGAUCCGGCUGCGGAUGCCGUGGACCAGGAGAGCGAGGAUGCGGCUACUCCUUUGGAAUCGGAGGCGAGUGACAGCGACCAUGAAGCGACAUCUGUCCAGGAUUCUCAGACGACUAUCCCCCCAGACUCCACCUCAGCCAAGGACGAUGAUACUACCGACGAGGAUGAUGACGAUUAUGCCCCUCGGUCAGAGGUCGAGAAGCGUCUCGCCGGCGACAAGAUGGAGGAUUUGUCAACCAGUCUCGACCAAACCGACCUGGACGGCACACCAACAACAUCAGACUUGGAAGGAUCGUCCAAAGAAGGGACAGGCAUGUCGAAGAUGGGCAAAGCGAAACUGAAGCGAGCAAAGAAGGCGGCUGCCCAGCAAAACCCAUCAAGGGUGGAGACAUCUGGCUCCGAGUUUCAAUGCCUUGCAUGUCAAGCCGAGUUCCCCUCCAAGACACAAUUGUUCAAGCACCUCGACAAGACCAAACACGCAGCACCACUUGGCCAAGUCAAGGGGUCGACAACAAAAGGCAGCAAGGGGAAGAAACGAUGAGCGAAUUAACAUAACCGGCUGGAGUUGCUUUGAGAACUUCUUGGAUCCUGACCACUCGGGCCAUUCUGUCGGAUACACGGCUCCAAAGGGGUUGAAAGUUGAAGCGUAGAUCUGUAGCCAAAUGCAUGAUGUUGAACACUAGA